AUGUCAGCUGAAUCACCAGUUCGACCCACGCGUCGGGCCGCGCGCAAAAACGUUAUAGUGGAAGACUCGGACGACGAGCUGAGCUUCAUCAAAGAAGAAGACGACGAGGAGUUUACGCCCGCACCGAAGCGAAGUCCGCGAAAGUCCACGCGAAGGCAGACAACUGCAAACGUCGAUGCGACGCCCAAGAGGUCCGCGCGGCCGCGCAAGCUCAAGACGGGUGAAGGCAUCGAGCCUUCGCAGAUAUUCGAUCCAGAAGAGACCAUGGCUUCCAGCGGACCUACCUCUCCAACCAAGACUGCAUCGCCGCGAAAACGAAAAAGUGUCGUUCCUCGAAAAAGCCGGCGGUCCUCGGUCGCACCUCCUCUACCUGAACUACCACCGCCUGAAGCCACCGACAGCUCGGGACGUGAUACUCUAACAGGGACACCAUUGAAAGACAUCACUAGCCAGGCAUUGAACAAACAUACCCCGCUCGACGCAGAUCAAGAAAAUCGCAAGCCAACAAGACCGGCUGAUCUAAUGGUAGAGAAGCCUAUGGAUAUCGUUAUACGGGCAAGAGCGCAGGCAGUUCCCAUUGCUGAAGAGCCUACGGGACCCAAGUCUAGGAUGGUUAUCCGACAACUCGUCAUGACAAAUUUCAAAAGCUAUGCUGGGAAGCAGGUCGUUGGGCCCUUUCAUGCUUCGUUCUCUGCAGUUGUUGGACCCAAUGGCUCUGGAAAGUCUAACGUCAUUGACUCUCUGCUCUUUGUUUUUGGGUUUAGAGCGAGCAAGAUGAGACAGGGUAAGAUCUCCGCACUGAUUCACAACUCGGCGCACUACCAGGACCUUGAUUUUUGUGAGGUUGAGGUCUACUUCCAAGAGAUCGUGGAUUUACCCGGAGGGAAGCACGAAGUCGUCCCAGACUCGGAACUCGUGGUUUCCAGGAAGGCGUUCAAGAACAACACGAGCAACUAUUACUUGAACGGUAGGACGACCAAUUUUACGACAGUGACGACGUUGUUGAAGGACAAGGGUAUCGACCUGGACCACAAGCGAUUCUUGAUCUUACAGGGCGAGGUUGAGUCGAUCGCGCAGAUGAAGCCAAAAGCUGCAAACGAGCACGACGAUGGACUGUUGGAGUACCUCGAAGACAUCAUUGGUACCUCAAAGUAUAAGACACCUAUUGAAGAAGCAGCUGUCGAACUUGAAAGCCUCAAUGAGAUUUGCGUUGAGAAGCAAGGUCGUGUUCAGCAUGUCGAGAAAGAGAAGAAUAGCCUUGAAGACAGGAAAAACAAAGCUUUGGCAUUUAUCCGCGACGAGAACGAGCUGGCAGAAAAGCAAUCAGCCCUGUACCAGAUAUACAUUGGCGAAUGUGAGGACAACACCAAGGUCACAGAAGAGGCAAUACAGCAAAUUCAGGAGCAGCUCAACGCCGAGUUGGAGAAGCACGCUGGCAAUGAAGAUGCUAUCCGAGAGCUCGAAAGUUCUUACCACAAAGCUCUCAAGCAGUAUGAACGUAUCGAGAAGCAAGUUCAGGACCUGAACAAAGAGCUCGCAAAAUUCGAUAAGGAGAGUGUCAAGUUUGACGAGAAGCGCAAAUUUAUCGGCGGGAAGCAAAAGAAGGCGGAAAAGGCGGCGACUUCCAGUCGAUUGGCUGCAUCUGAAGCUCAAAGUCUCGUCGAGAGGCAUACGGGAGAUAUCGAACGCAAAGGCUCAGAGGUUCUUGAACUUGAGAAAGAGAUGGGCCAAGAAGAACAAAAGCUGGCCGCCAUCAGGGAUGAUCUCAAAGGGAAGACCCAAGGCUUCUCCGACCAGAUUGCGGCGAAGCAAAAAUCACUGGAGCCGUGGAACGCGAAAAUAAACCAAAAGCAGUCAGCGAUCGCCGUUGCACAAUCCGAGCUUGACAUCCUCAAGGAAAAAGCUAACAGCGGCCAGAAAUCCAUUGACCAGGCCAAUGAAAAGAUUGCGAGCAUUGAAUCCGACAAGGCCACAAAGCUGGAAGAAAUUCAACAACGAAAGUAUGAAAAGGCCCGACUCGAGAAGGAUAUUAGGAAGAUCCAAGAUGCUUUACAAAAACUCGCCGCCAGUGAGCCAGAGGUCCGGGCACAGAUAUCGUCGGCACGGCAAAAGGCUGAUGAUGCACGUGCAAGCCUCGCAUCCAGCCAGAAUCAAAGCAACGUUCUCAAGGGCCUGUUGCGCCUCCGGGAUUCGGGUCGUAUUGAUGGCUUCCAUGGUCGCCUCGGCAAUCUGGGUACAAUCGACGAGAAGUUCGAUGUUGCCAUUUCCACAGCCUGUCCGUCAUUGGAGAACAUGGUUGUCGACAAUGUCGAGGUUGGCCAGCUGUGUAUUGAAUAUCUCCGGAAGAACAACUUGGGACGGGCGAACUUCAUUCUUCUCGACAAAUUGGCACAGCGCGAUCUGUCUCCCAUACAAACUCCCGAGAAUGUACCUCGACUAUUUGACCUCAUCCAGCCAAAGGACCAGCGGUUUGCCCCGGCUUUCUACAGCAUCAUGCAGAACACGCUGGUUGCGCAAGACCUCGAGCAGGCAAAUCGUAUUGCUUAUGGUGCCAAGAGAUGGCGGGUCGUCACUCUCGACGGUCAGUUGAUUGACGUCUCUGGCACCAUGAGUGGUGGCGGAACUCGUGUCGCGCGAGGGGCCAUGUCGUCCAAGUUGUCUUCAGAUACUUCCAAAGAACAAGUACAAAGGCUUGAGAACGAACGAGAUCAAUUGGAAAAACAGUUCGAGGCUUUUCAAACCAGACAAAGAGAACUCGAAGCCAGCCUCAGAGAAAAGCAAGAAGAGAUUCCUCGGCUGGAAACCGCUAUUCAGAAGACCAAUCUCGAGGUCGAGACCUGCACGAGGAAUAUUGCAGACGCCCAGAAACGGAUCCAGGAUCUCACAGCCGAGUUGGCCAGCACCUCAGUGGACGAUUCCCAGAUUAUACGUCUUCAGACGCACAUCUCAUUAAUGAACAAGGAGCUCGAACAACUGCACUCCGAGACGGCCAGUGUAGAAGCCGAGAUCCAAGCUUUGCAGGACAGAAUAAUGGAGGUUGGUGGAAUUCAACUCCGAACUCAAAAGGCACGAGUCGACGGCCUCAAGGAAAGAAUUGAUAUGUUGAAUGACGAUAUCUCGAACGCGGAAGUAGCUAAGACAAAGAACGAGAAGCUUAGAGUCAAGAAUGAAAAGACGAAAUCGGACGCGGAGAAAGAACUUGAAUCUCUAUCCCAAGACCUUGAACGACUGGAACAGGACAUCGAGAAACACAAGUCUGCUACUGCAGAGCUGCGAGCUCAGGUUGAUCAAGCUGAAGACCAACAAACCAGUAUGAAGGACGAGCUUGGAGAUUUGAAAAAGAAUCUCGAUACGCAAACCGCUGAACUCAACUCGACGAGAGCUGUCGAAAUCGAGAUGAGGAACAAGCUCGAAGAAAAUCAGAAGGUCCUUGCGGACAACCGGAAGAAGAGUCGUUAUUGGACAGAGAAGUUAUCCAAGCUUACAUUACAUGACACUACCGACCUGGAAGCGAUAACAGAAGACCAACACAGCCAACAGCUUGAGCGGCCAGCAGAUGAAGAAGACAUGCCCGACGCACCUCCUGAAGUCGACCCGGACGCGAUGGACAUCGAUGAAGGACAAGGUGAGGAGGAGCAACCCAAGUCUCCUUCCAAUCCGGCGCGACGGCAGUUGCAGACAUUCACCCGCGAUGAACUAUUGGACAAAAACAAAGACCAUCUUGUUGCCUCAAUCGCGGCACUCGAAGAAAAGGUCUCCAAUGCCUCAAGCAUCGAUUUGAGCGUCAUAGCUGAAUAUCGGCGACGAUGUGCAGAGGUGGCUUCACGAACAAGCGAUCUCAAGACUGCCGUGAAGAGCAGGGAUGCUGCCAAAACACGCCUGACUGAUCUACGAAACCUUCGCCUUACCCAGUUCAUGACAGGCUUCACGACCAUCUCCUCGCAUCUAAAGUCUAUGUACCAGCUCAUCACUCUUGGAGGCAACGCGGAACUCGAACUUGUGGACAGCCUCGAUCCGUUCUCUGAAGGCAUUCUAUUUUCCGUCAUGCCUCCAAAGAAAAGCUGGAAGAACAUUGGCAACCUGUCUGGCGGAGAGAAAACAUUGAGUUCGCUUGCGCUAGUGUUUGCGCUCCAUGUGUAUCGGCCCACACCCUUGUAUGUCAUGGAUGAAAUUGAUGCAGCUUUGGACUUCAGAAAUGUGUCAAUCGUCGCGGGAUACAUCAAGGAGAGAACCAAAAACGCACAGUUUAUUGUCAUUUCCUUGCGAAACAACAUGUUCGAACUGGCCGAACGGCUAGUGGGUAUCUACAAGGUGAACCAUAUGACAAAGAGUGUCACAGUGGAAAAUAGAGACUACUUGGCCAUGGGGAGCCGGAGGCAAGAGCAGCCAACAAGUGAUGGUCGGACGACUAGUGGACAACCCGGAGAAGUACGGUGA